CCGGGGAUGUGCCCGCAACCAACGUACAUGCCCUUGACCGGAAUCGAACCUGGGACCUUUCAGUCCGCAGACCAACGCUUUACCGCUGAGCCAAACCGGUUUCGGCUAAUCACAAUAUUUUUAAUACCAAUUUGACAUUGAUAAUUAAGAUGUAGACUGUGCCAAGUAAUUUCUUGAUAACUUUUUUAGUUUAGCUAAUAGUUUUAAGUUUAACACAUGGACCCUUUUCAAAAGAAAAUAAACUUUGUAGACCUUAAAGAAUAUGACUUAAGAUCGUACUUUGUGGAAGAGUAGUACCUAACUUAAGUACCAAAUUAAAACAUUUAUUCGCCCAUUAACAAAUUUAUAAUUAUUAGCAGGUCAUAAAAACUUAUUUGGAAAGACUACUUUGAGUAUCUCAGAGUAUUAGAUGUAAAUUUCUUUAAACACUAAGUUGGGAUUUUUCAGCAGUUAACACUGAUAGUUCCUAAACAUUCCAAAUUAAUGUAUUUUUAUUAUAUUUUUACUUUCCUUUGUCAUUUGUGUUUCUUCAUUAGAACUCAGGACAUAGCUUAAGAUGAACAUUUUUUUGUUUGGCUUAAGAUGAAUUUUAGUAGUAAUUCUUUUAGGAGUUAAAGGAGUAGUAGUUGAGUUUAAGAUAGGGAGUGGUAGAAGUUGAGAUUUUUGAUUUUAGGGAUAUUUUACUAUUUGCAUUAAUUAUAUAUUUGGUUCCAUAUUUGGAAGUGUGAGCUAUAUAUGUAGUACUUAACACAGUAUCCAAAUAAUAGCCAUUGUUUGGAUUUUGUUUUAAAAAGUAGUGUUUGAAUUUGAAAUGUUAGUGUUUCAUUAAUUUAUUUUGUCAUUUUGAAUGGUUGCUUUUUAAAUUUGAUUUGGUCUUAUGUUUUGAAAGGGAGGAGAAUUGCAAGAGAGUCAGACAUAGGUGUUGAGUCUUUUCAUGGUUGGAAGAGAUUGAAAGUUUUUGGGAAUUUUCUGGUGUUUUUAAAUUUUCAUUUUACUUGUGGAGCAGCUGUCUCUUUUUUUUUUUUAAGUGAAUGUAAAAUUUAUAUACAGUGAAAUGCACAGACCUUAAAGAUAGAAUUCACUUAGUCUUAAUAAAUUUAUACACUCAUGUAACCUAACACUCCAAUUAAAAUAUAUAACAUUUCCAUCUCGCCUUUCCUUGUACCAUUUCAAGUUUAGUUUUUAAAAGUUUUUUGUUUUUAAAUAAUUUGCAGAUGUCUAUUCUGAAUUUGUACCUCCUUUUUGCUAACGGAUGAUUCAUUUCCUUUUGGAAUAAAAAAGGUCAUCUUGUAAUGUCCUUAGUUGUGGUUCCUUAUAUUGCCUCACAGUUUAAGUAGGUCAUUCUGAAGUGACUAUCCUAAUCUGGCGUUGUUUAAGGUCAAUUACAGGGUCCUGGGAUUAAUUAUAUUUCAUUUUCUUUCCACAGUUAAGUUGCUUUUACAGAAUUAACAGGUCUCCAAGAAGUAAUAAACAGGUCAUUAUUGCUGUGAUUUGAGUUCAGCAUGGCUGUAGUCAUCCGUUUACUGGGGCUUCCUUUUAUUGCUGGGCCUGUGGAUGUUCGUCGUUUUUUCACGGGAUUGACUAUUCCUGAUGGAGGAGUGCAUAUAAUUGGAGGGGAGAAAGGGGAGGCUUUUAUUAUUUUUGCAACAGAUGAAGAUGCAAGACGUGCCGUAAGUCGUUCAGGAGGGUUUAUCAAGAAUUCAUCUGUAGAGCUCUUUCUUAGCAGUAAGGCAGAAAUGCAGAAGAUUCUAGAAAUGAAAAGACCUGAUCACAUAGGAAGAGAGCGACCAGGAUCUGGGGCAUCAAGGAUUGGCUGCUUACCUAAUUUUGUUGAGGGUAUUAAAGAAGAAGCAAGUAAUUCUGGAUAUGGCUCUCCGAUUAAUCAAGAUGCUGGGUUUCAUACUAAUGGUACAGAACAUGGUGUUAUAAGGCCAAGAAAGACACGGCCAUUGCAGGCAGAGAAUCCUUAUUUGUUUCUUCGAGGUUUGCCUUACUUAGUGAAUGAAGAUGAUGUACGUGUCUUUUUUUCUGGUUUGUGGGUAGAUGGAGUAAUUUUCUUAAAACAUCAUGAUGGCCGAAAUAAUGGUGAUGCCAUAGUAAAAUUUGCUUCAUGUAUUGAUGCUUCAGGAGGUCUUAAAUGUCAUAGAAGUUUUAUGGGUUCCAGAUUUAUAGAAGUAAUGCAAGGCUCAGAAGAACAGUGGAUUGAGUUUGGUGGUAGUACAGUUAAGGAGGGUGACAUUCCUGUGAGAACUGAAGAACAUUCUCCACCAAGAGGAAUCAAUGAUAGAUAUUUUCGAAAACAAUCUCAUUCAAAAUCUCCCAGAAGAACACGUUCUCGUUCCCCUCUUGGGUUUUAUGUUCACUUAAAAAAUCUGUCCCUAAGUAUUAACAAAAGAGAUUUAAGGAACUUCUUUAAAGAUACUGAUCUGACUAAUGAACAGAUUAGGUUUUUAUAUAAAGAUGAAAGAAGAACAAGAUAUGCCUUUGUGAUGUUCAAGACUCUGAAAGACUAUAACAGUGCUCUGGCUUUACAUAAGACAGUUUUACAUUAUCGUCCAGUUAUUGUUGAUCCAAUUUCUAGAAAACAAAUGCUGAAGUUCAUUGAGUGUUAUGAAAAGAAAAGACCAGCAUCAAUAGAGAGAGAGAGGCUUGGGCAUGGUUCACAAAAACACUCUCAAGAAGGCCACUCUGCCCGGAAACUGUGCAUCUAUAUAAGAAAUUUUCCAUUUGAUGUUACGAAAGCUGAGGUGCAGAGGUUCUUCGCAGACUUCUCUCUUGCUGAAGAGGACAUUUACUUGCUCUAUGAUGACAAAGGAGUUGGUCUGGGAGAAGCAUUGGUGAAAUUCAAAUCAGAAGAAGAGGCCAUGAAAGCCGAACGUCUAAAUCGUCAGAGAUUCUUGGGGACAGAGGUGUUGUUAAGACUUAUAUCUGAGGCACAGAUGCAGGAGUUCAGUGUCAAUUUUUCCAGCAAGAGAAGGCAAGACCGCUCACAGUCCUGUGAUAGAGAGGGCCCUGCCCGUUCCUUUGACUCAGAUGACCCACCAAGAUUCACAAGGGGCCUUUCCGUGAACCUGAGGCACCAGCAGGAAGCCGGGAGGCCGCUGGACAGCUUCAGGCACGCCCAGGGGGCCUUCCAGCGGCCCGAGCGGUGCCCCCCGGAAGACUUCCGGCGUUCCCCCGAGGCCCUCAGGCUCCGGCGCGAGGGCCUUCUCCGGAGGCCGCCUGAGGAGGACUGCCGGCGACGCUGGGAGGAUUUCGGGUACCAUUGGGAAGAGGGCUUGAGCCCCCCCAGGGAGGAGGACUGGAGGCGGCCACCAGAGGACGAUUUCAGGCACCUUCCUAGGAGGGACUUCAGACGAUCCCCCGGGGAGGACUGGAGGUGGCCUUCGGAGGAGGACCGGCCGCGACCUCCCCUUGGCGAGCUCAGGCGGCCCCCGGAGGCCUGGAGACGGCCCCCCGACGCCGACUUCAGGCGGCUUUCCCCGGGGGAGUGGAGGCGGCGCCCUAAGGAGGACCUCCGGCGGCCCCCCGAGGAGGACUUCCGGCGGCUCAGGGAGGAAGACUUCAGGCGGCUCUCCGAGGAGGACUUCCGGCGGACUCCCGAGGAGGACUUGCGGCGUUCUCCUGAGGAGGACUUACGGCGGCGGCUGCCCCUGGAACAUCGGCGGCCCCAUGAGCACUUGCGGAGGCCGCCCCAGGAGCACUUCCGCCGGCCGCAGGAGCCUUUCCGGAGGCCGUCCCAGGAGCACUUCCGGCACCCCCUGGAGGAAGACUUCCGGCGCCCACGAGAUGAAGACUUUAGGCGCCCGCGGGACGAAGACUUCCGGCGCCUUCCGGAGGAAGACCUCAGGAACCCCCGGGAGGAGGACUUCCGGAGCCCCCCGGAGGAAGGCUUCAGACGCCCUUCCGAUGAGGACUUCCGGCGGCCCCCAGAGGAGGAGCGCAGGGAGGCUCCGGAGGAGGACCCGAGGCUUCCGGACGAUUUCAGGCCGCCCGGGGAGGAGUUCAGGAGCCCAUCUGAUGAUCUUAGAAGUCAUCGCCCUUUUGUGAAUUUUGGUCGCCCAGAAGAUGGCAAAUUUGAUUUUGGAAAGCGUAAUGUGGGCAGUUUUCCUGAGGGGAGGUGUAUGCCUGAUCCGAAACUAAAUUGUAGUUCAGGUAGAGUAGUACCCGUUAAGAUAAUGAAUCUUCCAUUUAAAGCUAAUGUUAAUGAGAUCCUAGACUUUUUCCAUGGUUACAGAGUUAUACCCGAUUCCGUUAGGAUCCAGUAUACGGAGCAAGGGUUACCUACAGGGGAGGCCGUUGUUGCUAUGAUGAACUACAACGAAGCCAUGGCUGCUAUUAAAGACUUAAAUGACAGGCCCGUGGGCCCGCGCAAAGUUCGGUUACUUUUGCUCUAGAGAGCACUUAACGAGUUACCUCUUCCCAGUAUUGAUGCAGUAAAAUGCUUUUAUGUUUUCCUAAAAAGUGUUCAUUUUAGUUAUCUAAUGAAGCCUUUUAAGUUUGACCUGUGAGUAGAACAAAUGUAAGUAGUAGAAUGUAAGUCUAGUUAUCUUUUGCUUGCAAAUUGUCGUUUUUUUCUAAUGAAAAUUAAGUGGUUUUCUUUUGUUUAUUGUUUUUUUUUGUUGUUGUUGAUUUCAACAGUAGGGAAGAGGACUGAUUCUCUGAGUGCAUUAAUUUUUUUGUUGAUGUCAUGGGUAAACUUCAAGACCUGUAUGAAGUAGAGCUGUAUUUGAAGGAGAUACAUUAUAUAUUCACUUUUGUUUGCAUUCUGUAGUCUGCAUCUUUUACUAAAAAAUGUAUAAGAAAAUGGUCAGUAACUCCUUGUUCAGGGUUAGCAUUUUUAUUGCGACUGCCUGCAGAAUUAAUGCCCUCUUGUCUGAGAUAUUACUGUUAAACUUCCCAUUAUCAAUACUUCAAAAUGAACAAACUGUGAACUUAAAGUUUACUUAUGUAAAAAAGUUAGGAGAUUCUUAGUUUAUAUGUUCACAUCUUGAAAAGUUUUAUAAAAAUAAAAAAAAUUACAACUGGAGAGACCAACUAAUUAACUUGUAUUUGUAUAAAAGGUGAAAAGAAUUAAAACUUCUUUUGUGAAGUUUUUCAGCAGCUACAUUAAACAAUAUUUGUUAGUGC